AUGGCGAGCAAGGCCGCCCACAAGCGUCUGACGCGCGAGUACGCCACCAUCUCCAAGAACCCCCCGCCCUACAUCACGGCGCACCCCUCCGACGCCAACAUCCUCGAGUGGCACUACAUCAUCACCGGCCCCGAGGACACCCCCUACCACGGCGGCCAGUACUGGGGCACCCUGAUAUUCCCCUCCAACUACCCCUUUGCGCCCCCGGCCAUCCGCAUGCACACCCCGAGCGGCCGCUUCCAGCCCUCGACCCGCCUGUGUCUUUCCAUCUCGGACUUCCACCCUAAGAGUUUCAAUCCGGCCUGGGAAGUCAGCACCAUCCUGAUCGGCCUGCUGUCCUUCAUGACCAGCGAGGAGAUGACCACGGGCUCCGUCUCGGGCAGCGAGCGCGAGCGCAAGUACCUGGCCCGCAAGUCCAGGUGGUGGAACUCGACCGGCGGCGGCUCCCAGAACCGGGCCGCCCUCAAGGGCAACGUGAAGGCCGGCGACGGCGGGGCCAAGUUCCGCGCCGAGUGGCCCGAGGUCGACGGCGAGAACCAGAGGUGGAUGACGGAGCACAAGAUCGACCCCGUGACCGGCGACCCCAUCGGGGGCUCGAAUUGCGGCCCCCAGCUGGGCAUCGCCCCGGGUAGCGGCCAGAGGCAAGCGGUGGUCGACGCCGUCGUGCAACAGCGCGACGCUGCCGGGCGGGGCUGGAUGUCGAGCAGGGUGUGGAUCUUCGUGGGCAUCGUGCUUCUGUACACGGGCGUGGCGAGAUGGUUAGGCUGGGAUUCCGACAGACCACGGACUGCUCUUUAA